AUGUUCUCCUCCGAGUUCGACGACAACCCCUUCGCGGAAGAGAUCGAAGGCGAGGCACCGGUGGGUGAAGGCCGCGGAGGCGGUGCCGGCGCAGGGAAGCGCGAGCGCGACGUGGAGGACCUCGCGGAGGGUGAACCGCGGCGCAAGUUGGCUCGCCGGGACGCCGCUGCCGGCGCGGGCACGGCGCCCGAGGCGGAGUUUGCCGCGCCGUACAUUGGGUACUCGCUGGAGGACGACGAGGCGGACGGAGAGAACGACGACACGGACGAGACGUACCUCUCGUUCCUCUGCCGCGUGGCGGAGACGGAGGCGGCGCUACGACAGUCCGCGCGCGUGCACCACUUUAGGAUGUCGCUGGCGGAGCACGAAAAGGGGGCCCUGCGCGCAAGCAUUGCCUCCCUGCAAAGCUCGUUGAUGGGGGCUCGCGAGAGGCGCCAAAAGGCCUCGCAGGGCGCAACGGAGGCUGGCGCCGCCGAAAAAGACGCGGAGGCGCAAGGGCAGGCGAGCCCCUCAGACCUUGUCGCGUUGCUAAACGUCUGUGCCUGCGCCUCAAGGGCGAAGCGGCUCACCACCCACCUCCAUUUACUGCAGCGACUAGAAAAAUACCGAGACCACCGCGGCAAAGAGGGCCGCGCCACAUCUGUGGAAUCCGACAGUUGGAUGCCAAAGUCGUCGCGCGCUGAACUCGAGGCGUCGUCGCGUCAACCCUGCCAUGCGGAGAUGCAACGGUUUGAAGACAUACGUCGUGCACUGGAAAAGGUGCAGGAUCACCUUGACGGCCCCAUAGCUCCUGUUGUGAUGGGGCUGCAGCAUGAACUACAACGCCUGUGCACAAGGAGCGACGCUCUGCAUGAGGCAAAGACUUCUCUUCUGUCUCAUCUCAGGGCAACAAUGCUGCGGUGGAACGAGCAUGCUUUGUGGGGAACCGAGCGUGCACUGCUCGUCGCCGAUGAACAGAUGCGGAGUCAUUUGUCCGCGUCGUCUCCCUCAGUGUCAGAGCAGCAACUUAUCCGUCAGCAGCAGCAACUACAGAAGCGACUUCACCGCACAGAAGUGGCCCUUGCGACGCUGCUAGCCGCUGCCACCGGCACACAAUUGAAAUCAGUAACGCCUGCCGUCCUACAGGCCACGCUUCGUCGCCAACAGGAGUUAGAAAAUCUGCGGGAUCGGUUGAACCGUGAGAUUUUGUACCUGCGGAAGUCGCUGAGAGACAAGUUGGCCACAACGCCUCUCCUUGUGUGCGAUCCGGGCAUCGCUUCACACGCAAAGUCGGCCAUGGAGGAUGGGAAAACGAUCCUGCUGCAGCACUGUUGUGUUGCCAUUGCCCAACGCUUGGCCGAGGUGACCCACCAAAUCAUCUCGGAAGUAGUGAAAGGCUCUACGGCGUGCGCAGCUUCCGCAGAGCAGGACGAACGUCAUUUGUUGUAUCAAGCAAAGUCAGGAACACUGCAUGCCUCUAUUGUGGCCUUUCUGGCAGAGAACGCUCGGCUGCAGCAGGAGAUUAAAGAUGCGGCGUUAAUAAAACUUGUGGCGGCCCCUGGCAGUACGGCCGUCAUGCUUCUCGCAGAACGGCUUCAAAGUAUGCUGCAUUGCAAGCGACCUGUGGAACAAGAGGAUGAGACCAAUAGCAAUGGGAAGAAACUUGACAAUGAAGGACAGAGGGAAUGCGUGGAGGAGCAGGAGGUUCUUGUUAAUAUUUUCACGGAGAGCACCGCGGGCCUUCUGAAGGUGGUGAAUGCGCAGCUGCAGAGUGUCAACACUCUUUUCAAGGGUGAAGAACAUCUUUUUAGGGAAGCGGCAUUUCUGCUGCGAAUGACUGUUGCAGCCGAUCGUCUCCUGCUUGGAAAUGUGGGCGUGCCCCUCUCUGCCAGCUUCACUGAUGAUCUUGCAAAGGAAAUGGACGAGGCCCAUCUCUGUUUUAAGCCGCCGCAGAACAGUCUGCAGCAGUUGCCUUUACUGGCCACUAUUCGUGAGAAGUUCCAGGCCCUUUCAAGCCGACAUGCCGCGCAUCUCUUGGCGCAGUACAGCGAGGCAGAGAAGACCCGGAAGGAGCUGCAGGAAGACCUGGAGUGGUGCAGGAAGCAGUGUCCAAACAGUGCGGCAACGAGUAUUCGCGAAGCCCAGAAGGAGCUGCAGAGCCUGCAAACCGCCUUAGCAGCGGCUGCGGCCCGUGAGAAGGAAGUGGCGUCACUUGAAGUGGAGCUGGUGAAGAGCCGGGAGCAACUUGCUCAGCUCCGCCAUGAGAGGCUGGCCGUCGAAAAGGAGCUCUCCAUGGCGGAGGAGCAGUGGCGACGGGCCCAGGAGGUGGAGGCGGAGGCGACGCUCCAUUCUGUGCCACCGUCGCCAGAAGCCGCGGAGGGCGGGGACGGCAUCAAUGACAUUGAGGGCGUUAACGAUGAAGAGGGGAAUGAGGCGGGUGACGUUGUACGCAACACGGAGUGCCCCGCAGAGGGGGAAGAGGUGAACGUGCAGCACGGAGGCAGCGAUGCGGGAACGGCAACAGGAGAAAUAGGAUGA